AUGUUCGAUUUUAAAUAUUUAAGUGACAAACAUUUGAAGGGAUUCAAAAACUAUAAGUACAGUGCAAUCGACACUAGUCCGCUUAGCAAAUAUGUUAUGCAUCCGACAUGGAACGCUCUUGUGAAGAUAGUUCCCAAAUGGGUAGCUCCCAACCUCCUCACUUUUGCUGGGUUCCUGUGCAUGUUGGUGAAUGUGAUCCUCCUGAGCGUAUACGAUUACGACUGCACAGCAUCCAGCAUACAGGGUCGUGGUAUACCCAGAUAUAUCUUCACAGUGUGUGGGGUGCUUGUCUUCUUAGCUUAUCAUUUAGAUGGCAUCGAUGGCAAGCAAGCCAGACGUAUAGGUGUCUCCGGUCCACUGGGCGAAAUGUUUGACCACGGAAUUGACUCCUACAUUGUCUUCCUCAUACCCUUCUGUCUCUUCUCAGUAUUUGGGAGGGAUCAGUUUUCAAUACCAGAAUUUAGAGGAUAUUUGGUGAUUGUAAGUGUGGUCCUCAACUUCUAUGUGAGUCAUUGGGAGAAGUACAAUACUGGGACUUUGUACCUUCCAUGGGGAUACGAUCUUAGCAUGUGGGUGGCCAGUAUAAUGUUCCUUGUGGCAGGCGUUAAGGGACCUGAAGUGUACAAAACCUAUGUCUUCGGCGAAAUUACAUUCGUUCAGGGUCUGGAAAUAGCCAUACACACAACCGGCCUCUUUACAACCCUCCCAGUUGCUAUCUACAAUGUUUACUUAUCCUACAAGAACCGUACCGGUCGAAUGUACCCCAUCUUCGACGCGCUCAGACCCAUCUGGCCCAUGCUGAUAAUGCUGGGAACGAUGACGUCGUGGUGUCUCGUGUCUCCCAACACUGUCAUGGAACGGGACAUACGAGCGUUCUUGCUUCUAUUUGGAACUCUGUUCAGUAAUAUUGCGAGUCGUCUGAUAGUUGCCGAGAUGAGUCAUCAGCGCUGCGAUUCAGUAUGCUGGAUAAACGUGCCCGUGAUAGCAGGUGUAGGGUUGGCGUUAUAUGCCCCACAACAUGAACUUGCCAUGCUGUAUCUACUGACAGCUUUUGCAAUAGCUGUUCAUUUACAUUAUGGUGUUUGUGUGGUUCGUCAAAUGUGCGAUCACUUCAAAAUAAAAUGCUUUAAAGUUCCCAAAGAAAAGAGAAAAUAA